AUGGCAAAUCUUGCAAUCCCAAGAAACACUUUAUUAUUUAUAGGAAUAAUUUUUCAUGUGACAUAUAUAUGGAGUAUAUUUGAUAUUUAUUUCACUUCACCUUUGGUACAUGGAAUGACACCUUAUAAGGUUGGCUUAUCACCACCUGCUAGGAGACUUGUACUUAUAGUGGGCGAUGGACUAAGAGCAGACAAAUUGUUUCAACUACAUCCAGACGAAUAUGGCAUAUCAGAUCAACAAAUCACAAAGGCACCUUUUUUAAGAGACAUAAUUUUAAAUCAUGGUACUUUUGGAGUUUCUCAUACUCGAGUACCUACAGAAUCAAGGCCUGGACAUGUCGCUAUUAUUGCAGGAUUUUAUGAAGACGUCAGUGCUGUUACUAAAGGUUGGAAAUCUAAUCCUGUGGAAUUCGAUUCAGUAUUUAAUCAAAGCAGACAUACGUGGUCAUUUGGAUCACCUGAUAUAUUACCAAUGUUUGCUGAUGGGGCUUCAGAUCCCGAUAAAGUUGAAACUUUUAUGUAUGGUCAUGAAAGUGAAAAUUUUGCCAAAGAUGCCAAAGAUUUGGAUGUUUGGGUAUUUGAUCAAUUUGCCCAACUUUUGGCAAAUUCUUCAUCCAAUUUUAAAUUAUAUCAGCAACUUCAUGAUGAUAAAAUUGUCAUAUUUUUACAUUUACUGGGAUUGGAUACCAAUGGACACGCUUAUGGCCCUCACUCUAAGGAAUAUAUGGAUAAUAUUAAAGUUGUUGAUGAAGGGAUAAGCAAAACUGUUGAGCUAAUUGAAGAAUAUUACGAUCACGAUGGGAAAACGGCCUAUAUUUUCACUGCAGAUCAUGGAAUGAGUAACAGAGGCAAUCAUGGAGAUGGACAUCCAGAUAAUACGCGAACGCCAAUAAUUGCAUGGGGUGCAGGUGUGAAAAAACCGAAUAAGACACAUCCAAUUGGACAUGAUGAUUUUUCUGCCGAUUGGUAUUUGGAUGAAGUUCAGCGGAAUGAUGUUUUACAAGCGGAUAUAGCACCACUUAUGGCGUCCCUAAUCGGUAUUAAUUAUCCGGUCAAUUCUGUAGGAGAAUUGCCUUUAGUAUAUCUUAAUAAUACACCCUUGUUUAAAGCACAAAGCCUAUUCGUCAAUGCCAAAGAAAUAUCCGAACAGUAUCAAGUCAAAUAUGAAUUAAAGAAACAAACAAAAAUAAUGUUUAAACCGUUUGCACCACUUAGUAAUUCUACUCAUAAUCGGAAAGCUUUACUUGGUAAAGUUCAGGAAUUGAUUGAUGCUGGACAAUACGAUUCGGCCGAAGCCACGUGUGAGGUUUUGAUACAGCUUUCGUUGGAAGGAUUGAGAUAUUUACAAACAUAUGAUUGGCUGAUGUUGAGAUCUAUUGUGACUGCCGGAUAUGUGGGUUGGAUUUUGUAUAGCCUAAAAUACACUUUAAAAGAACAUUGUUUGCCCAAUAAUUCGCCCUUCAAAAAGUCAGAUACAUUAUCAAAUGAAUCAGUUACAAUAGCAAAAUAUAUUAAUUUCCUUGCUAUAACUUCUUUAGUCGUCUUGGUGUCUAUUUUGUAUAUACAAGAAUCAUCUGCAACAUAUUACACAUACGUAAUGUUUGCGGUUUAUUUUUGUUGGGAUGAUUUACUGGGCUAUAAAAUAUUCGUAGAAAGUUAUAAAUUAGCUUUAAUCUCACGGAGUUCGUUUGCACUUGUAGGUUAUGUAAUUGGGCAUAUUCUGGCAUUGGAACUUUUUGUAUACAGUUAUUUCGAAAGGAGUAUUCUUAGUGUGUGUUUUGUAUUAGCAGCAUUAUGGCCAUUAGUUAUGCCAUUAAACGUUCGAUCCGAUAAUAAAUUACUCUUAAUUUACUGGUCGGGGUCAUGUUUGGCUUCGAGUAUUUUUACAUUAAUGCCUGUGGAAAAGGGAGAAGAUAUAUCAUUAGUGAUCUAUGGCGGAAUCUUAAUUCUUAUUACAGGAAUUAAUUCUAUGGUCAAGAGUUCCAAAUAUACAAUAGAAGAAAAUGUGGGUUUAAGUAUGGUAAUAGUUUAUGAUACUACAAGCAAAUUGAAAGAGAAGAUUGGUCUUCCAGUUAUAAAUCAAUAUGCCGCUUGGAUUAUAUUAGUCAUUGCAACAGCCACACCAUUCUUUUAUGGGUUUGGAAAACAACAACACUAUUUAAAACGACUUACAACGAUUUCUUUGGCAUUCGCGCCAUUAUUUGUUAUACUUAGUAUUUCAUAUGAAGUAUUAUUUUAUUAUUUCUUAACACAAACACUUUUACUCUGGUUAGAAAUUGAACGUAAAUUAUUUUCAUCUGAACAUUCAAAACAAAAAAAUGAAGGGCAUCGUAAAUUAGAAAUGAGGGAUUCAAGAAUUUCGUUAAUAUUUUUAUUUUUUAUUAAAGUUGGAUUUUUUGGUACAGGAAAUGUAGCAAGUUUAAGUUCAUUUUCAUUACAAAGUGUAUAA